ACAAAAUUUAUUUACAUAUUUUGUUUUGCUGAGUUUAUUUCUUUACCGUACAAACAAUGGAGUUAGAAUCGAAUCUGCAGGUUUCCUCGGAGGCUUUUGAUGAGAAUGUCUCGCUGAAACAAUGCAACGCCAAGGACCAUCCUUCUUAUAAACAAAUACCGAAGUUCUUUGAUCCUCCACCAAAACCAGACGAUAAAAUUCGACAGCCUCUCUGUAAGAAUGCCCAUUCGAUUUAUCUGCAGAGUAAGGCGGACCAGCUACUCAAUACCGAUGAACUGAAUGAAAUGUGGAAAAUACUGGAGAAAUAUGCAACUGAAACUACGAAAUCAAACCAACAGCUCAUCGGUUUUGAUGAUUUCUUAAAAGUAGUUUCGGAAGUGAACGACAAGUGUAAAAAAAUUAUGACAGUGGAACUUUUCUUCAAACUGCUGGCAACGUCUAAUUGUGCCGACAUGGUGGAGAUAAUUUCCAUUUAUAACUACGUGAUGCGUAGAAUUUUGCUCAUCCAAGGACUCAUUGGCCUUUCCCUUUACGAUGAAAUCGGGCAGGGAUAUUUAAAUGAAAUCGAUCUGGAAUGCUAUAUUACGGACAUUAUCCCCACGCUGGCUCAAGUCAGUAAUCAUUUGCAUCCCUCUUUCGAAAGAUUUUAUGUCUGUACGGUGGUUAAGAAGGUAUUUUUCUUCCUGGACCAUCUUCAUACGAGACGUAUUCGAAUAAAGGAUAUAGUAUCCUCGGGGUUGCUAUCGCAGUUAUUGGAGCUUCGUGAUUCUGCGAAAUCCAGGGAUUUGGUGGUUAAUGAGACGGGGAACUGGUUUUCAAUGCCAGCCGUUUUGGAGGUGUAUGAAAACUACCUUGAUUUGGAUAGGGAUCACGAUGGCAUGCUGAGCAAAAAGGAGUUGUCUCAAUACGGUUCCGGUAGUUUAUCACCCAUUUUCCUGGAUCGAGCAUUUGAGGUGUGCCGUACUUAUAAUGGAGAAAUGGACUACAAAACCUUUCUGGACUUUUACUUUGCCAUGGAAUAUCGAAAAACUCUUUCAGCCAUGCACUACAUUUUCCGCAUCCUAGACAUAAAUCAGCAAGGAUAUUUGACAGCCCAAACUCUGCGGUAUUUCUUCGAUGGCAUAGAAGAGGGCAUUAAAGCUGUAAAGACGGUGAAGGUAAACUUUCAGGACCUGAAGGAUGAGAUCUUUGACAUGGUUAGGCCCAAGGAUCCGAUGAAAAUAACUCUCAGAGAUUUGAUCAACAGUGGGCAAGGCGAGACUGUAUUCUCCAUACUAAUUGAAUUCGAUAAAUUCUUGGCCUACGAGAACCGUGAGCAGAAUUUGCAGAAUGUUUAAUAACCGAAUUCCAGUCGCCUGCCGACAGCCACAGCAGCAACAUGCAACAAGCAACAAGCAGCAGCAACAGCAGCAGCAACUGCUGCAGCAUUUCUCGUGCGGUGACAACAUUAAGCCAAAUUUAAUUAAAUCCCCGGACUCCGUUCACUGCAAUUCUUUUAUACGAAGGAUUUUUAUUUGUACUUUUAUGUCAGACAAUUGUAUGCAAAUUCGAUGUGUAAAGUUCCUCAAAUAUUUCGACUCAUAAGUAUUUGUCAUUAAACACGUAAUUGCAAAUUGCUCAUAAAUAUU